AACAUUUCCGGAAAGCAACUUAAUUCGAUUGUAUUUGUCAUUAUCUGUGCCACGGAAUGCUUCAUAAAGGAUGGAAAUGUUUGGAGAGUAUAGGGAUAUUGAUGAUGUAUACAAUCACAAGAAGUAUGAGUUUCUAAUGCAGAUAUCAUAUUUACAAAAUAGGGCGGUGUCGUUGUAUUGGAAUUUCUUUGACCUGCCAGAGAAUGUGCAGAAUGCAUGGAUUUUUUCCCGAUAAAUAGGAUAACAAAAUCAAUAAAUUAACUAGGUUACAUUGAUAAACUAAUUAUCUUUUGUAUAUACAGAAUAGUUUGCAUCUGUUACUACAUGUCUGAGGCGACUCUCAAUGGUUCGUGAGCAACAGUUGGUCAUUAGAUCAACAAGUACAGGAAGACUGUUGACUGUGUUGAUGGGAGUCUGACAGCUGCAGAACUCUCAUCAAACUAAUUCAAUCAAAAUGUUGCCAAAAAAGAAAGACUCUGCAUCCGGAAUAAAUGAUGGCAUUGCUGGAAAAUAUGUCAAAAGAGACACUCCACCUAUGUUGAGAAAUUACCAUACUCCAGUGAGACAGACACCAAACUUUCAGAGGAGGAGUUCAAAAACACCAGCAUUUUAUGUACCUCAACAACCCAUCAUCCGCCCACCUGUGUCACGCUCUGUCCUGCCGACAUCACAGAUGACUUUCACUAACACAAGCAGCUCAUAUGAACGCCAAGUACAGUCUCAUAUUAACAAGUCACAGCCACAAAAACUGCCUCUCAGCAAACCAGUACAGAUGCCGGUGUCCCAGCUCACACAUGGAUUACAGAACAUGCACAUAACUGGUCAGAGUGGCGAACAGUUUCAUAAACCCAAUGUUAAUCUGUCUCAACCAGGGAGUUUUCCUUACCAACCUGCUAAUACAGGGUCAAACAGCUCCUUAAGCACUCAGGGGUCAACAUCUAGUCGUACAACCACUGGGUCCUCUGGGUACCAAAGUGGUGGAUCAGGUGUUCAGCAUUUCAUCCAGGAGGUGAAACCAGCACAGGUGUCACAGUCAAAUAGACUCGGUAGUUUGGGAGCCAUCAGAGAAGACAACAAGGAUGACAUAUCUGGUCAUUAUCACAGUAAUUUUGACUACCACAGUCAAUAUGAUGAAAAUUACCAAAUCCAGCAGUAUCACCAAGAAAUACGUAAACACUACGCCCAGCAGAAUCCUGGGGGACAAAUCGUAAAGCAAAGUCUACAUGCCACCACACAGAAGGAAAUCCAGACAAACGUCCCUUCCUCUGGUUCAUCGAGUGGAUUCCCUGGUCAGGAUGAGAUGGCCUUACCAACAGGGUGGUCAAUAGACUGGACAGUGAGAGGGCGAAAAUAUUACAUUGACCACAACACCCAGACUACCCAUUGGAGUCACCCAUUUGAAAAGGAGAGUCUUCCGAUGGGAUGGGAGAGGAUUGAGUCCAAGGAAUUUGGAGUCUAUUAUGUCAAUCACUUCAUGAAGAUAGCACAGUAUCAGCAUCCCUGUGCUCCAACCAUGCCACAGUUUAGCCUUGCCUUCCAGUUCCCUCAGCGACCUGGGCUCCCACAACAGAUAGAGUACCGGCCAGCUCGUCAGACGAAUGUCCUAGUACCUGCAAAUCCUUACUUAUAUACAGAAAUCCCUCAGUGGCUGAGUGUGUACUCCAGAGGUGCACCAGAGCACGACCACAAAUUAAAGUGGGACCUGUUCACUGUCAGUCAACUGGAACACUACGAUGCUAUGCUCAUGAGAUUACAUAAGCAAGAACUGGAACAAAUUGUGAUGAGUUAUGAAAGUUAUCGUAUUGCCCUGAACCGUGCAAUGGAUAAUCAUAAAAAGGAACCACAGACCCCUCAAUUACCAAUGCAGUUAGCGUUACCCCAGAAUCUCGAACAUCAUGAUCUGUUACAGCGACAGUUACCAGCCUUACAAGAGGCACUACAGAAAAAGAUGAUGGCACAGAACAGUGGCAACCAAAAUAAAGGUCACUGGCACCAAAUAGAACCAUCAGGAAAACAACCUGUGUUAAAACAACAACAACAACAGAUACCAAAACAACAGCAUCAGCUACAUCAACACAUGCAACAUCACCAGCAACAGCUUCAUCUUCAGCAGCAGCAGCAGGAACUUCACCUUCAACAGCAGUAUUUACAGCAUCAACAACAACAGUUACGUCAAAAGGAGCUACAGUUGCAACAGCAACAGUUCCAACAACAGCAUAUACAACAACAAUUACCACAGCAACAAUUACCACAGCAACAGUCUCAGCAACAACAGCCUCAACAAUCUCAACAGUCUCAACAGCAGAACAGAUUACUGACUCAAAACAUAGAAACAAAAGUAUGACCGUGGCUUUUAUUAAAUGUCAGGGCACCAAUGUUUGGCUGUGCAGUUUUCAAAUCCUGCCAAACAUGUCCACUCAUUUUUACUUGUGUUUCAAACAGACAGCAUAUUUUGCUAGUCCAAACUAGUGAGAGCUGCAGUCCAAUGGAUGAUUUUACUGUGAUUUAGGUACUGCUGGCUGGGGUACUUAUUGUAAAACUAAAGGGAUGAUUAUCUCAGAAUGUUAUGUAUAUUGUAGUGAAAUGGUGUCAGUCUGAAUAGAUUAUGUAGUAUUAUAUCAAUCCAUUAUAUCAUUUCAUUCAUCCUGUCAUGGAAGCCCUCAUACACAACAUUACAUUUUUUUGUGCUACAAAGGACAAGAAAUGAGACAAAAUGUGAUAUGGUGCUCUGUUUAUCAUGUAUAAUAUUAUGUAUCGACUGCUGUGAGUUGUGUGGAAUAUUACCAUCAGUAUAACCUUUUCGUUUCAUUGAUGAUAUUUUAUUUGCACCAAAAAUGUAAAUAUCCUUAGGGGUAUAGAGCCAACGCCAUUCUUUCCGCAAAGAAUGCAAAUAGGUACCAUCGACUGAUAUUAGUAAAUUCUCCCCAAAAUCAGAUGAUGAUUUAAUGAUCAGUUUCAUUUUUAACAGAUAAGUGACAGCAUGGAAUAUGUAACUUUGUGACCGAUGUGAUUAAACGUAUUUGGAAUGUGAACAAAUGAUCAGUUUGUUUAAACUACCUAGGAACCACCAUACAAAUGUAUAUGUUGAACAUAUAUUUAAGUAUGUGCCAUAAAAAUAUUAUUUUAGAGUCAUCACCUCUCUGGUGUUUUAUGAAGGGAUCUUAAAUAGUCCAGGUUGUUGACUACCUAAUGGUGGAAGGUUUAAUUGUAAGUUGGACACUGGCCUUUUAUAUAUGUGUUCAAUAGCUACUGGUCCUCAUGGUGUAUAGCUACAUGAAAAUGAAACACUGGCCUUAUUACUGACUUCUAUGGUGAGGUGAUAUUAAUGCAUUUUAGCAAUAAUUAUGUUAGGUUGUAAAGGGAUGGAGCAGUAUGUGUGGAAUGUUUGGGAGUGAUCAGCUGUUUAUAAUACAACCAUUUUACUAGAAAUUAGUGAAAGUUUACAGUCAAAGUAUAUUUUUAUGAUUUUAUCAGAUCGAUAAUGAUGAAGUAUCUUGAAAAUCUUUUUAAAAUUCAAGAAUUUUCAGUUUCACAUUAGUGUGAUGCCGACGUGAUGUCCACCAUGCAGGGGAGCCUGUGACCUGUGGUACUCCUGUGUACUGUGGGAUAAUGUGUGGCUUAACUUUAUAUGUUAAUUUGUCUGAUGAUUGGUCUUGUUCUGAUGAUACAACACAGUCCUAGUUACAUGGUGUCUCUUGUCUUCCUUAAACAACUCAUUAUAACACAGGUUAAGUUGAUAAUAACCAUUAUAUGGAUUUAUAUACCAUAUUAUUUACAACUAACCCACAUUUUCACACAUGCACUUAUUUGUUACCUCCCUUUGUUAAUUUUUUCAAAUUUGUAGGAAAUCAAAUUUCACCUAGUAUCAUGCUUUUAUACUUGUAAUAGAGAUACUUUUUUACUGUAUUUUUAUAUUGAUUGUUGAGGCUUGUGAAGAUUUUCAAUUUCUAUGACGAUUUUAAAUUGGUAUGUGUAAGUUUGUAGGCCCUCAUAGUGUUAAACAAUGUUAAAUGUUCCUCCAUGCUGUGCAUCUGAUGUAGCAAUUUUUCUGUCAACAAGAUCAGGAUAUCCCCAUAUCAGACAGUGCAUGGAAAUCUUACCCUUGAGUCUUGGUCACUUCUUACAUGAAAGAACUGUUCAGUGAUCAAAGAAGAGUAGAAAAGGAAGACCUACACAAACCAACCCUAGGGUAGGUUUUCCCUUAACUUCUACAAAUAGGAUUGAAGGAAACUGUAAAUUUUUUCAUUGUGUUCUUUACACUGUACUGCAAUAUAUACACACUGAAUGAUAUACAUAUAUUUAUAUAUAUUUUUUUUUUCAAAAAAAUUUGUGAUCAAAUCCUGUAAUUCAAAAUGGCGCAAAGAAAGAAUGAACUAAAAAUGUGAAUCUAUAUUUUAGUUGGUUUUCAGUUCUACAUAACAGUAUGAAAAUACAUUUAUCAGUAAUCUUUGUUCUUUUAUGUAUUGGAAGCAUUGUGCUAAAAAUGAUAGCACUAAGUGCAAAUUGUUGAUGUUUUCUGUGGUAAAAUAUUGUGAGUGAUCCCAUUCACUGAUGUAGUAGAAUUGUAUAAUGUGCUAAAAUUUCAAAUGUGCCUUAAUAAGUGCAUUCAUUUAACUCCUUUAUUAAAGUACCAGGAAAUAGUUUCCAUCAGAAUGGCGCCCCAAGAUAAAUCGUAUAAAUAGAUAGGGAGUAGUCAGAGAUUCCUCUGAUACUGUAAGAGUAAGUAGUCACUGACAGGUGUGAGUUGUGUAGUGUUGGUGGUCAUGAAGACAGGUUCUCAGACUCUAGUAAGAAAUAUUAGGUGUGAUUGAAGUGGGAAUGGCUGUCAUGAAGAAAUGUUCUAAUAUAUUCUUGUGGGAAGUUGCCACAAAUAGGUGUGAGUUGCUUGGUGUUGGUUUUUAUGGAAACAUGUUCUGGUACUGACUCAUUUGAAUGGUGUUCGAGGAAGAGCCACCCACAUGUGUGAUUAUUGUGGGAAACAAGAGCAACCCACAUGUGAGAGUGAUGUGGGAAACAAGAGCAACCCACAUGUCUGAGUGGUGUGGGGAGAAGGAGCCACCAAUACAUGUGAGAGGUGUGGGGAGAAGGAGCCACCCACAUGUGUGAGAGGUGUGGGGAGAAGGAGCAACCCACGUGUGAGUGGUGUGGGAAGAAGGAGCCACCCACAUGUGUGAGAGGUGUGGGGAGAAGGAGCAACCCACGUGUGAGUGGUGUGGGGAGAAGGAGCAACCCACGUGUGAGUGGUGUGGGGAGAAGGAGCCACCCACAUGUGUGAGUGGUGUGGGGAGAAGGAGCAACCCACAUGUGAGUGGUGUGGGGAGAAGGAGCCACCCACAUGUGUGAGUGGUGUGGGAAAUGAGCAACCCACAUGUCUGAGUGGUAUGGGGAGGGGGAGCCACCCACAUGUCUGAGUGUUAUGGGGAGGAGGAGCCACCCACAUGUCUGAGUGGUAUGGGAAGGAGGAGCCACAAGUACAUGCGAGUGGUGUGGGUUCAGCUAUAAUGGAUACUAUCACUUGAUGUCUCAUACUGUAGUACAGGUAAUUUAUUUAUUGUCAUUACUUGACAGACCUAGAUUGUCAUCUGUUUUUCAAUGAUCUCCAUAGAAAUGUGAUUCUGCUCAUCAUUUCUUGUUUUAGUAUGAAAUGUGUUUUAUUUAUAACAAAGAUAUUUACAGGUGAAGAUUAUAUUAUUUUAAUUCUUCUCUUAAACCAGUGGUGAUCAUCACCUAUGCAUGGUGCACAAUCUGUGAGUAUUUUGUGUUGGUCGUCAGCAGUAGCUACCAGCUGUAUUGUGUGAAUUUACAAAUUUGUACUGAUAAGUCUGGGUCCAAUUUUGCUACCAUACCAUACAAAUGGUCCUUGUACUUGAUUGGUUGGUCAGUAAAUGAUUAAUUAGUCCAAGAUAAAUGGUUUUCAGGCAUUGAAUAUUGAUCUUCUGGUAAACAGAAUGUAAAAUUGAGUUAUGAACUAUAUUUUUUUAAAUUUUAGGUGAACUCUUAUUAUCAGCAAUCUUGAGAUCAUCAAUAUUUGGACUCCAGACAAAACAGUAAAUAGAUUUCUGAACCAUAGGCAAAAUGGAAAAGAGAGUUUUGAACUUUUGCCCAAUGGUAAUCAGAUUUUUGGACAAUGUGCCAAAUAUUGAACAGCCUUUUUGACUGUUGCUCAAAAGAUAAACAGACUCUUGGACAGGUCAAAUGGUAAACAGACUUAGGAAUAAUGGUUGCCUUACUCACUUGGACCACAAGAUUAAUGGUAAAUAGAUUUUUACACUCCAGGUUUUAACAGAUUUUAUAACACUGGAUCAAAUAGUUAUCUGCCUUUGAGUUUGACAUCUAUACUCUGCAUUUGUAGUAAAAAAAAAUAACAUUCUUUUAGACAUCAAACCUUACUGGUGUACUCUUUAAUGGCUGGUGUGUGUGUUCAUAGACUUACAAAAAACAGACCGAUUGUCUCAAAUUUUGUAUACGGUAUAUUUAUACAAAUGUGUUUGUAGUUGUCAAGUCAUAUAUCUAUUUACUUAAAGUCAUCUAAAACCUUUUGUUUUUAACAGAUUAUUCAUGCCUGUUCCCUUGUAUUUUCAGUGUUCAUCUGACUUCUAUAUCUCCCUGAUUAUGUAAAUUACUAGAGCACAUAAAACUAAAAAAAUAAAAACAAAAAGAUGUGCUACCAUUACUACUAAUACAGGUUUGUCCAUCUGUGUACAUUAUUUCUGUGGUACAACACAGUAGCAGUACAGGUGUACACAGCUGUGUACACUAUUUCUGUGGUACAUUACAGUAGCAGUACAGGUGUGUACAUCUGUGUACAUUAUUUCUGUGGUACAUCACAAUAUUAGUACAGGUCAGUCCAUCUGUGUACACUGUUUCUGUGGUACAUCACAAUAGCAGUACAGGUGUAUACAUCUGUGUACACUAUUUCUGUGGUACAUCACAAAAGCAGUACAGGUGUACACAUCUAUGUACACUAUUUCUGUGGUACAUCACAGUAGCAGUACAGGUGUGUACAUCUGUGUACACUGUUUCUGUGGUACACAAUUAUUGAUAGUAUGUAUUCCUUUUUGAGAUCAAGUAGUACCAGAAACUAGAUAUCUAUGCGAAGUAAAUUUCAGUUUUUACUUUUUGUGUGUGGAAUGACAAUUGGAAAUCCUGUCAUAUGGUGUUCAUUAAGAAUUAUGAUGUACCCUUUAUCUUUAUUUAUUACAUGAUGACAUUUCUGUUUUGUUUACAUAAAGGUUGUUCAAGUUGUUAGCUGACAAUGUAGUCCGAAGUCUGUAUACUGUUUGUGAUGCAAGUUCGUGUUCAUGAAAAACACAAAAAACAAAUAUUUAAGUGCAAUUGGUAGAUAAGACUGUAUUAGUCCCUGUUUGUACUUGUAUAUCAGUGUUUUGUUAUCAACAAACAAUGUAAUCUAUUAUGUAAAUAAUAUUUAUGUGUGAUUACACAUAGGUCAACAUUUGAUACAUAAUUUUGUCAUUGUAUAUUAUACCACGCAGUAAAAGCCAUUCCUUCCAAA